GUGUCCGGAACUAUUGAUUUUGGAGUUCUACGUGGCCUUACAAAUGCACUGAUAGCUGCAAAGAAGCCAGAUGAGGCUGUUCAAAUGCUUUUGGCAUCUCGCAAACGUCUAAAUGAAGAAAAAACUAUCGGUAGCAGUGAUGGAACCAAGAAGAGUGCAGUGAAAUCAAAGUCAGACGUUGACCCAAUUCAAGUUGACCUGCUUCUUGGAAAAUCAUACUCAGAAUGGGGUCGUGUCAGCGAUGCUGUGUCUGUAUAUAAUCAACUCAUUUCUACCUAUCCUGAUGACUUUAGGGGUUACUUAGCAAAGGGUAUUAUUUUGAAAGAGAACGGAAAUGUUGGUGAUGCUGAGAGAAUGUUUAUACAAGCAAGAUUCUUUGCACCAGAGAAUGCGAAGGCGCUUGUUGAUAAGUAUUCAAAGUGAUUACCGUUGAAUUGACCUCUGAUAUCCUGGCUGUUGGACUAUUUGAGAUGGCUCGAACAGUAGCUUGAAUUGUCCAACACCAGAGAAAGGUUAGUAGGCCAAGAAUUUGUGAAUUGUGAGAUUCUUCGGCAACUGAGAAGUAGUAACUGUAUGGCAGUUUUCGCAUCUGCUUCAGUUCUAAUUGCUGGGUACGCUACUGGAAUUGUAUAUUCAAGAUGUACUACUUGUGUACACAUAGGACAUUUCUGUUUGAAUAAUGUGGACGAUGGUCGAAAAGCGCUGUUUUGACAUUCUGUGUACACUGAGGUUGGGACUACCUCUUUUCCAUUUCUUCUUAUUAUUACUGUGUUGGUUUUUUUUUUAAAAUGAAAUACGCGAGGUCAGCACUCAGCAGCACCUUAGAUGAUACGUUCACGAUAUUGACGCAGUACUAACUGGGCUAAUUUGGUGUCCACCAGCCAAAAUCCUGCGGGGAUCCAAUGAAGGAAACAGAGCCAUCUACCCAAUCAGAUUGAAUUAAGGGAAAGCAAUAAUAGAAAGCAUUACCUGUUUGGCUCGGCAUGCCCGUAUCAUCGAUCAAGAAUAAGCUGGUCAAUGACUAGUGUGCAGUAUGGUUAACCUAUAAGCCUCGACGUUAUCUGGGCGUGGACAGAUAACUAUUCAUAAUUUCCUUUAACUACUUUAUUAUACAUAUUCUACUAUUCUGUUUCAAUUGCAGAGCCAUUUGGGAACUGCCAUUGGUAGCUUGAAACCAAAAUAAUGCAAUUUAAUUCUUUUAUUGAGCGCUAUCUGAUGAUUUUGGGAA